AUGGAAGAUAUUGAAGAAACCAUCGAGCGCCGAAGACUUGAUAUUGAAAAAGAAUGCCAGUCUAAAAAGAUUGAUCUCACCGCAAUGGGUUUAGAUGAUUUAGAUGCCCUUACUGUUGCAAUUAGCAUAUUUAAAAGAAGUGAUGAGAUUGAAACUAUUUAUUUAGGCUCAAAUUCUAUAGGAGAUGAAGGCCUGGAUGCAAUUGCAAAUUCUCUUUCUAAGCAUCCAGAGCUGAAACAUCUGUAUCUAGGAAGCAAUUUGUUUAGAGAGUCAGGACUCAAUGCAAUUGCCAAUGUGAUGCCUGAUCUUAUUAAUUUGCAGACCUUAAGUUUAGGUGGGGCACAGAUUGAUGAUAAUCUCUGUACAAGUUUGGCGAGUUCUUUAAUGGCGAUGGAGUCAUGCUCUCUUCGUUAUCUUUUUCUAUUAUUUUUUAUUGAAAAUUAAUUUUUUUAAAAAAAUAAAAAAUCUUGAUUUUUAUAGUAAAUUUAAAAAAUUUAAAAGAAAUUAUUCAUUAUAAUUGGUAAUAAAUGGGAAUAGGAUUGGAGAUGAAGGCUUAUUAUCUUUGAUGUAUAUAUUGAUAUAGAGUUGCCUUAACAAGCGAGAAAUUCCAUCUAGAGACUUUACAUUUAGGAGACAAUGAGUUUACUUCAAGCGGCUUAAAAAUUUUGGCAGAGUUCAUUGAAAAUGAUACUUCUUUGGUAAAAUUGUUCUUAAAUGAUAACGAUUUUGAAGGAGAUGGCCUUGGAGAUUUAAGUGAAGCAUUGUGUGCGAAUAGAAACUUAAAGUUUAUAAGCCUAGCGAACUGCGGGAUUACUGAUGAAAAUUUUAAGCCAAUAUUAGCUUGUUUAAGUGUCAAUGAAACCUUGGAGUCAUUACACAUAUGGAAUAAUUUGUUAACUCAAGAGUCUGCUGAACUUAUUUUAGAAGUAUUAAGAAGACAUAAUAACACCUUGACUGAUUUACAAAUAUUCGGAAAUCAAAUAGAAGAUUAUGAAAGCUAUAAAGAGGUAGAUUGAUAAUUAGGAAUUAAAUGAAGCAUUAGCGAAAAAUCAAGCCUUGGUGAGAGGAGGGGAAAUUGAUGAAGAAGAGGAAAAAGAAUUCGCAGAAAUAAUUGAAAGCCAAUCUGAAGAAAGCCAUCCAGUUUAA